AUGUCUUCGCAAAAGGUAGCCGUCUUGCAUCCGGCUGUGAGCUUCAGUCUCACUCAAACUCUUGUCUCACAGCUCAAUCUCUGCCGCAAUCCAUUCACGAAAUUGCAGGAGCAGCUCAUCAUCACCGUCCUUGGAGCCUCGGGCGACCUGGCCAAGAAAUUGGUGUACCCAGCUUUAUGGGAUGCCUACCGCUUCGACUCGUUGCCAGAGGACACUCGCAUUUUAGGCUAUGCCCGCUCCAAGCUUUCACAUGAGGAUCUCGUUGAACGCUUCAAGCCCCAACUGAAGGUCAAUGGAGACGACGACGAAAAGAAGCGAGACAGUUUCCUCGAGUCGCUGGACUACAUCCAUGGCCAAUACGAUGAGGCGAAGUCUUUCAAGAAGCUGAACGAGCACAUUGAGUCAAUGUCUCAGGCCAAGACCGUCAACCGCAUGUUCUACAUUGCGCUUCCUCCUAGCGUCUACAAGGACGUUACCGAGCAGCUGAGCAAUCAUUGCCAGGCCAAGUCAGGCUUCACCCGCGUAGUGGUUGAAAAGCCCUUUGGCAAGGACCUCGAAAGCUACCAAGACCUCAACGCGCACAUGAGCAAUCUGUUUGCCGAGGAUCAAAUCUAUCGCAUUGACCAUUACUUGGGCAAGGAGAUGGUACAAAACCUCUUGGCCCUGCGCUUUGCCAAUCGCGUCUUUGAGCCCAGCUGGAAUCGCCACCACGUUGCAUGCGUCAUGCUGACCAUGAAGGAAGACUUUGGUACUCAGGGCCGUGGCGGCUACUUUGACGAAUUUGGCAUCAUCCGUGACGUCAUGCAAAACCAUCUUUUGCAAAUGCUUACGCUCUGUGCCAUGGAGAAGCCCGUCUCGACUGGCCCCGAUGACAUUCGUGAUGAGAAAACCAAGGUUCUCCGAUGCAUCAAGCCACUAAAGAUCGAAGACACGGUGCUGGGUCAGUUUGUCGGCAACCCCGAGGGUGAGAGUGAGGAGAGCCGCAAAGGCUACACUGAUGAGGAAGAUGUUCCCAAUGACUCCAAUACCCCGACAUUUGCAACCGCCGUGUUCCACAUUGAGAACGACCGGUGGGAGGGCGUCCCCUUUAUCAUUCGUUGUGGCAAGGCCUUGAAUGAGAAGAAAGCCGAGCUGCGCGUUCAGUUUCGCAGCGUACCCGCAGAUAUCUUCGGCAAUAGCACGCGCAACGAGCUCGUACUACGCGUACAGCCUGAUGAAGCCAUCUACCUUAAAGUGCUCGUCAAGGAACCGGGUGCCAGCUCAGAAGUGGCCCAGACUGAUCUGGACCUGUCAUACAAAUGCCGCUUUGGCGAGCAGCGCAUCCCUUCUGCCUAUGAACGCUUGAUUGUCUCGGCCAUCAAGGGCAACAGCGCCAACUUUGUUCGCAGUGAUGAGUUGGAGCAAGCAUGGCGCAUCUUUACACCCAUUCUGCACGACAUUGACGCUGGAAAGGUCAAGCCGAAGACAUACAAGUUUGGCAGCCGUGGUCCGUCCGAGGCUGACGAUCUGGUGAAGAAGCACAACUUCUCAUACGCAGCGUAUGAGUGGAGCCAGUGCCACGAUCAAUGCAAGUGAACGAGUCUUUCCUCGAGUCUUCCCCAAAGUUUUCAUUGUGUCGCCGUUGUGCGGCUCGUCUACUCACCCUAACAAUGUGCUCAGAACUCCCUCUUCCUGCUCCUUGUAGCCUGGUCCUUCCGUUGGGCCCGGCGUGGAGUUUUGUUUUUGUCUUUCCUCCCCUUCUGGAAGGGCUUGCUCUUGAGGAAGACAUUGUCAUCUUGUUUGCGUGAAUCUCGACGGUGCACCGUCCUAGUCCUAGCUUGUUGCUGUAGCACUCUAACCUUGUCCCCCUCCUUUCCCGUCCGUUUUGUUAACGCGGGAUGCUGAACCUGGUUGUCGAUGGGUCUGUUUAGAUGUCUUGCCAAUGGAAAAAAAAAAACC